AUUCAAGUCAAAACUUGCGCCAAAAAUAGAAUAAUUUUGAAUUGAUUCUGUGUAUAAAGAUUUGAAUUUUGAGUUAAAUUAUAAUUUUUUACUUAUAUUUUGAAUUUUUUUGUGAAUGAAAUUUGUAAUUAGUGAAGUUUUAGAAUUAUUCAAAAGUAGAGUGAAACAUGAAUGGAACUUCAGAACCCGUAUCUGCAUUUUCUGUGUAUUCUCAAAUGAGAAAAAUUAAUGAAGCACAUUCAAAAAAGCAGAAAAAAAUAAAAAAAGUCAAAAAGUUGAAACCUCCAAUAAGUAUAUCAUUAGGCUCAUCGGAAAAUAGUGAGAUAACUCAAAGUGAGAAUGGGACACCUGUUAAAAAGAAUAAAAUUAACACCAGCCCAAAGCCAAAUUUAAAGCCAGACAAAAACAUUAAGAAGUUGUUGGUUCAAAAAAAGAUAGAAACUUUUCAAAUGCAUCGCAACAAUGAAGGAAGUGGAUCUGAAAAAGAAUUUUUACCUAAAAAAACAAGUAAACGUAAAGAAAUUUGCACAUCAGCUGAGAGCUUAACCAAUGGGGAAAAUUCAAAGCCCGUUAAAAAGAAGAAAAAAUUAAAUCCAAGUUCAUCGAUUGAGGAAUUAACUAAACCUACAACGGAAGCCGUACCAACAGAUGCACAAUAUGAUAGUUCAAAAAUUGGAGAAGUCACGUUUGAAUGGGUCAUUUAUCCUCUCAAAGUCAAAAAUUUUUUUACUAAAACAUGGGAAAAAGGACCUGUUCAUGUACAACGUUAUUGUCCAACAUACUACGAAUCACUUUUAUCAACAAAACAAAUUGAUAACAUAUUACGUACUAAUAAUUUAUUUUUCGGUCGUAAUGUGGAUGUUACUAGUUAUACAGAUGGUAAACGUGAAACAUUCAAUCCAGAAGGUCGUGCUUUACCACCCGUUGUUUGGGAUUAUUAUUCAAAUGGGUGCAGUAUUCGUUUAUUAAAUCCACAAACAUAUUCAAAAAAAUUACAUAAAAUUAUUUCAUAUUUACAAGAAUACUUUGGUAGUUUUGUUGGUGCAAAUGCGUAUUUAACACCAGCAGGAACUCAAGGCUUUGCUCCGCAUUACGAUGACAUUGAAGCAUUUAUUUUACAAAUUGAAGGAAAGAAACAUUGGAAAUUAUAUGCACCUAGAAACAAAGACGAAGUUUUACCAAGGUAUUCAAGCCCUAAUUUCUGUGAAGACGAUUUACCCAAUCCGCCAAUACUUGAAGUCACUCUAGAAGCUGGUGAUAUGAUAUACUUUCCAAGAGGCACUAUCCAUCAAGGGCAUUGUGUAGAAGAUAGUCAUUCUUUACACGUAACUUUAUCGUUUUAUCAAAAAUUAUCUUGGGGUGACUACUUAGAAAAGUUAAUUCCAAUGGCUUUACAAUCAGCGAUAGAAUCAGAUUCAGAAUUUCGUGAAGGUUUACCAAUACAUUUUGCUGAUUUUAUGGGUAUGGUACAUGUAGGAGAUGUUAAUGAGAAACGUGAAAUGUUUUGUAAAAAGCUGGAGACUUUACUUGCUAAAAUGUUUAAACGAGCUCCAGUGGAUGCUGUUAUUGAUACAAUGAGUAAACAAUUUCAACAUUCUGCUAUGCCACCUAUAUUAACCUCAGAAGAGAAAAAAUUAACUGCAUACGGGGAUGGUGAGAGAAUGGUGAAUGGCGGAGUUGUAAUCAAUCGUGUUGUCAUUGAAGCAGAUACAAAAAUUAAACUAUUACGGAGACAUAUUCUAAGGCUAGUAUAUGAAGAAAAUGUUUUACGAAUCUACCAUUAUGCAUACAAUUCCAAGGAAUAUCAAGGUGAAGAAUUACAAUUCUUUGAAAUCGAUAAAGAUGUAGCACCUGGUAUAGAAAUGUUAGUAAAAAAAUACCCAGAAUUUAUUUCUGCAUCUGAUCUUCCAAUUGAAAAUGAAUCAAGUCGUAUUCAAAUUGUUUCUGAUUUAUGGGAGAGAGGUUUAUUAAUGACUGAAACACCAUUGCCGUCAGGUUCAAGUGAAUAAGUAUUUAAAUGUAAAUAAUAUUUAUAUUUUUAAUUCGUUAAGAAGGUUAUUUUUUCUGUGUAGAGUUUAUUUUUAUUUUUAAAAAGAUGCAAUUUUCGUUUACCUAUAAUUUAAGCUGAUGUACGUUCACAAAACAUAAUAUGUGCUAAUUGUUUUAAGAAGUUGAUUAUUUCUCAAAUCAAAUAUUUUUAAUUAAAAAUGGUAAAUAUGUAAUUUUUUAUAAAUAAUCUGACUUAAUUUAAGAGUCAAAUAAUCGUCAAAAAAGCAAAAAUCAAUCUACAUCGAAUUUUUUUUAUCACAAAGUGUUUUUUGAGAUAUCUAAAAUCAAGUAACUAACGUAACUAAUGCUCACACAUGUAACUCAAGUAAUUAAUGUUCUCACAUGAAAAUGUGUGUUAGUUGACACGAAAUGGAUUUAAUUAAACGAAUUUAAUAAGUUUUUGAGUAUUUAAAAUAGUUCAAACGCAUAGUUUAACUAUAAUAUAAUAUAACCCAAGUAAUUUUGAAGCUUAGUUUACGUUUGUUUUCAAGAAAUUUAAUAAAUACACUAAAAAAACGGCUAGUUAAAAUAGGUGUCUAGCACCCCUUCGCGUGUAUGCGCGUUAGUCAACUUUUGAUUCUAGGUAUAUUGAUCAACAUUUUGAGAUCAAAAACUCGAUGAAGAUGCCGAUUUUGGGCAAAUGGGAUGGUAACAUACUAGUUAUGUUAAAAUGCAAUUGUGCCCAAGAUUAAUUUCGAAACAAAAUAUUUAAUGAAUAAUCCAGAUUUUUUAAUUAUUUCAG